CAUUUAGAAAGCUAGAAGCAUCUCUUCUGUCAUCUAAGGUUCAUGACUCAAUAAGGAGAAAGACCUUAGGCGAGGACGGGAUUCAAGGCAAAGUGACAUGGUGGUCACUAUAAAGAAGAUGAAUGUUUACCUCAGUUACCAUAAGAAGUACUCGGGAUUUCAUGGGGUUUUUCCUUCAAACUCGUAGAACAUUGGAUGACCAAGUAGCUGGAUCUUUUGUGUUCAUUCCACCUGGAUCCAAACUACUGCGCUGCUUUGAAGAUGGAGACACUGUGACCCAUUCGGACAAGUCCUUGAAAAGAAAUCUCUCUUUUGUAUGGAAGUCACCCGAUCAUCCUGUUGGAGACAUAAAAUUCUUUGUAUCAGUGGUUCAGUCAUACUUUGUUUAUUGGGCACGGAUUGAAUCGACCAUUGUGUCUGGACACAUACAUAACAAGAUUUCUGAGCAGCAGAAUCCAGAAGCAUCAAACAUGAAGACAUCUUCAGUGACGAGUACUCCUCUCCAUAAAAUAUUACACCUAGACUCAAAGCUUUCCAAUGCGUCAGCUCACACAGACAAGCCAUCUUUAGGGAGAGCUACUGAAACCAAACCCCCAGAACUGCUGCCCUACUCUGUUACUGGGAAAAUGAAGCAUGCCUUGCCUGAUGCCACUGUCACAAUUCCUCCACACUCCUAUACACCAUCCAUCAGCAAUGGCCUUAGCACUGCAACAGCAGGAUCCUCUCUCCAGCUUCAUCUGUCAACUGUAGAGACUGUAGCGUCACAGAACAAGACAUCACAUCACAGCAUUAUUAGCUGGACUCCGUAUGCACUUAAGAGAAGCGUAACACCUCUGUGUUCUUCAUGCCAGAAAGAAAAAAAGAUACUUUCUACAGAAAUGACAUUGGCUCCAGCAAAAUCAACACUGCCUACUGAUUCAUUUGCAUGGCUUACUAUUUCACUUUUACCUAGCCAUAAAACAUUUCCAGACCCUAUGAAGUUCAGCUUACGCAAUGCACAGAUCCACCAUCUACCUCCGUCCACAACUGAAGGUCAAAUCCACAAGACAACCAAAGAGCUGUCUGCAAACUUUCUGCAACAACCAGAAUCUGCAGCUUCUCAGAGAAGCAUUGAGAUCCAUACAGAAAAUACAUCUCCAUGGGUAACCAGGUCUAUUCAGAAAUUUCCUGGCAAAGAAGGAGAAAAUAAAGGUAGAGGCAUGCAGCUUGCUAUGACCCAGCUAGGCAUCCUCUUAGGCUGCUCUGUAGUAUUAGGGAUGGCCCUUGCUGCUGGCCUGCGAUGCAUCCAUGCCCAAUACUGCCAUAAAAGGAGUGAAGUUUCCUUCAGUGAACCAGAUGAAAAUGUGAUUACACUAAAGGAGAAUGGAGAAAUGAGGCAUUUCAAGAAGAUCAGAGAGAACAGUUUUGUGCUGGUCCAAGCAGAGUACAACUGGAUAACUCCAGCAAGCAGUGUAAAAACACAAUAAAUGAUCAUUUACUGUAAGAACCAGAAUACAUGUCCAACCUCAGUGCAAAUGUCAUUUUUAGCUAUGUGCCUAUUUUGCAUUAGAAAAAUAAACACACAUUUUUGGUUUUGUCAGGUGAGAUAUUUCAGUUAAAUGAUGGAAAGGACACAUUUAUGGGCAUUUCUGCAUAACAGAGGGCCUUAGAAUUAUUUUGGAUUUUUACAAACCCUUGGAUAUGGAGGUGAUCAGCAUAUACAUUUCAUGUGGUACUUUUUAUACCUUCAAGGCACACUAUAUAUGGGAAUUCUCAUUCGAUGCAAUUUUGCUGAUGUCAUAGAAGCCGCAACCAAGCCAAAUUUUAGGUGGAAAAAAAGCAAACCAUUUUAUUCAUUAUUAUUUUCACCCUAAUAAUGCACAGGUACAGUAUAAGCCGAAUGAAUUUCUGGGGGUUUAGAUUAUGAACCAAUACAAAGAGUAGGUGGGCCAAUUCAUGGCAACUGCUUAAAAUGUGAAAUGCACUGUGGAAAAUAUUUUUUAAUAGCGCUUUAUACACAGUAAAGUCACGUUAUUAUGACCACCAGCUAAUAGCCAGAGUAACCGCCAUGUGCACCACGGACAGCAGCUAGAUGGGCUGAACUGACGUUUCUUACACACGUCUGGUAGCCCCAAGGUUCUUUUUGACGGUGAGCUGCUCCACUGUAGCGUGUCGGUUGGCCCUCACUCACCUUUGUAGCUGACAUUCACCUCUCACAUCAAUCACACAUGGUGCUCUGCAGUUUCCAUGACGGUUAUUCACAAUGAUGCCAUUUGUCUAGUCACGAUACACCUUCACCACACAGUUUACAAACUGCGCUGUUUCGGAAAUACUGCCACCCUUGGCUGGAAAGCCGAUAAUCAUCCCUUUUUUGCAACUCGGAUAAAUUGCUCCUUUUAUCUAUAACAGCAAUGAGUGAUAUGUGUGCAGACGGCCUAUUGCACACCUUAUAUACCCACCAAGCUAGCGCAAAACACAUGGCGUACUUCAGGGGCUAUGCGUUGCCAACACCAAAUGUAGGUGGUGGUCAUAA